AUUGGAUUCAUUUGCAAAACUUAAGUGCAAGCAUCAUCAUUCACUACGACGACGCAAGGGCGAUUGCUGUUAAUCAAACUGGAAAGGAGCAAAGGCAUAUCUAUAUUUUAUAAAUAAUAAAAAAAGAACCAAGUGAACAGUAUUAAUUUGCGAGUGUUUGUUAAUGAAUUAAAUAAACAGAAACUACUUUUACAAGAAAAGAAACAAAAUCAUUCAACGAAAAAAAUUGUACGGUGAAAAAAGUCCUGAGAGCUUAGUGUCAAGUUGAAAAAAAAAAAAACUGAGAGAAGAGAGUAAAAGGCAAGCGAAGUGUCAAAUGAAAAUUUGAGUGAACAGUGUGAUAAAAAGGAAAACAUACGUCACUUUGAAACCCUGUUUAAUUGACACGGGCAACCAACCAGCCACAUACACAAAGUCCUUCCCAUAAAUCCUUGGUUCCUUCAAAACUAAAAACCCAAAAAUGGAUUUUAAUUUUGGUGAUUUGAAAAAGGAAACCAACUCUGCCGUUGAGAACAUUUUUGACCGUGCUGACGAUGCCAAGAAACACGCCCAGGAUAUGUUGGGCAGCAUCGAUGACGUUCUAGGAGGUGGUGGUGUUGAAAAAACUGACAAUGUUAAAUCGGACGGUGUGGUAGAUCCCUUGGACCCCCAAGCUUUUGUACAACGUAUGUCAGCCGGAGCCAAGGAGGCCCAAGAAGAACUGGAUGCCAAAUUCUCAAAGAACACCAAUGAUUUGGAAGAUUUCCUAGGCCAGACCACAAACAGUGUAAAACAAGGUGUGGCUUCGUUGACCAAUGAUUUUAUGAAUGCCGAGCGAGGUUUUAAGGACAGUGCUGGAGAUGCUGCCAAGGAAAUCGAGAAGAAGGCCGCCCAGGCUGUGGAUGAUAUAUUUGGCCACUUUGGUGGCGGUGAUAACAGCUUCAAGCCUACAGUCCCUGUUGAGGGUGUAGCCACAAGUGCAAAUAACCAAUUUACCGACUUUGACGACGAUGAUGAUGAACCGGCUGCCAUGACAACCUUUGGCAAAACAGCUGCAACAGGCAUUGCGGCUAGCAACAAGGAUUCUGACAAUGAUUCACCUUCCAUUUCUUACAAUCCAUCUCCAGCCAAAAAGUUACCAUCUGAUGCCCUCAAGGAGCAAGACAAUGAGAAGUUUAUUUCGAGUGAAGAUCUUUUGGGCGAUUUCAAGGAUGAACGCACCGCCACACCAGAUUCUCAGGCUUCCGCCAAUAACUAUUCAGCACCAUUGGCCAAAUUGCAAGAACCCAAAACGACAGAUUUGGAUGCCGAUGAUUUUGAUGAUGACUUUGUUCAGGCUGAAAUUCCUAAACAAGCAGAAGAGAAAUUCGUUCAACCUUCAGCACCAGUUGUUGAACCGACACCAGUACCAGCAGCAGCACCAGCGGUGGCUAAACCAGUUCCUGUUCCAGUGGAACCGGUAAAAGAACAGCCAGCCCCUGUGCCUGAAGCUAAAAAGGAGGCACCAGCUCCAAGUGCACCGGCACCAACUGCCCCCACUACGACUGCUCCUACUCCAGUAGUUACGAAACAAUCCUCGGCACCCAAGCCAACAACAUCGAAGACGACACAACAACAGCAGCCAAGUAUUGUAUCGGUUGAGGAUAUUUUCUAUAAAUAUGGUUUGGACGCUUGGUUUAAGCCGGAGCGCUUACAUCCACGAGUGGAGUCGCUCAUCUAUUGGCGUGAUGUGAAAAAAUCGGGCAUUGUUUUCGGUGCUGGCCUUGUUACCCUUUUGGCUAUCUCAUGUUUCUCCGUCAUCAGUGUAUUUGCCUAUUUGUCACUGCUGCUUUUGGCCGGCACCAUUGCAUUCAGAAUCUACAAAUCAGUAAUGCAAGCCAUACAAAAGACCUCAGAUGGACAUCCCUUCAAAGAAUACUUGGAAUUUGACUUGACUUUGUCACAGGAGAAAAUCCAAAACAUUGCCGGUGUUGCUGUGGCCCACAUAAACGGUUUCACCGCUGAAUUGAGAAGAUUAUUCUUGGUUGAAGAUUUGGUCGAUUCCAUUAAAUUCGGUGUCAUUUUGUGGGUUAUGACCUACAUUGGAGCCUGGUUCAAUGGCAUGACAUUGGUCAUUUUGGCCUUUGUCUCCUUGUUCACAUUGCCCAAGGUCUAUGAAAACAACAAACAAUCCAUUGACACUUAUUUGGAUUUGGCCAGAAGCAAAGUAGCUGAGGUUACUGAAAAGAUCAAGGCAGCCAUUCCCAUUGGCAACAAGAAGCCAGUUGCUGCCGAAACAGACAAGGACAAGUAAAUCUUAACAACAAAACAGAAAACGCAACCAUUAUUUAAAUGAUAUACAUUUGUAUUAACAUCGUUAGAAGUAAACAAACAAACAAAGAACGCAAAUUUUUACCCAAAUUGCAAUUACUUUUCUUUUUUGUGUUUAUAAGAAAAAGAUAAAAAUCCAAAAUUAAUUUAUAUAGAGAGAAAAAAACAAAACAAACAAAUGGAAAACUCAACUCAUAUUUAAUGGAAGAAAAUUAUAAGAUGAUGAAAACAACAAUAGACAGCCAGAACAGCAACAACAACAACAAAAUUUCAAAACAACCAUUUUUAAACUUAAAACGUAACAAUAACAAAACAAAAAGAAAUGAACAACAGCUAAAAAUAAAAAUUGUUAGCAUUUUUGUUUUGAUUUUUCCAAAAUAAUACGAACGAAGUUAUUUAUUUCUGAAUUCUUGUUUUUAUAUUUUUUAUAAAUUUUAUUUUUGUUUUUUUUUUUAAUAUUCUCAAAUUGUAUUCAAUCGUAGCUAACCUAACUUGUUUUUGUAAUAGCAAUGAUAAUUGUGAACGUCAUACAUUUAGUAUCCUUUAUUAUUGAUAUGAUAUGAUUAUUGAUGGAUUGAUUGAUACGUUACUAAACUUAAUUAUAAUGUUUUAUUUUUUAAAACUAUCCAAUUUUUUACUUUGCAAAUAUUAUUAUGAUUGAUGAUCGUGUGUUUUAUUCAAGGAGAAUUGUAUUUGUGUGGUCCUGUGAUCGUUCUCUUCUCCCCAAAGCCUAUAUAUCUAUCAUACUCUAAAUCCUUGCGUUAAGCUGUGUUAUUUCCUGGAUUUUUUUUCUGAAAAAAAAGAAGCCAGCUGAUCAAACCUAAAAUCUAGUUUGUGGGACCACCGUAAACAACAAUGCAAUUUCGAGCUGUUAUUAUUUUUUAGCUUAUAUACAGAUUUAUUUAAACAAAAACAAAAAACCCAUUAAGAGAAAACACAAUCUUUCCCAAUUUGUUGAUUAUUUCCGAAAAAAGAAAACAAAAAAAGAAAAACUUUAGCUUAACUUUUAGUUAAAGAAGACUUAAAUUUAUAAUGACAUCAUUAUCCAGCUAUUUAGCUACAUUUACUUGAAGAGAAAUAAUAUUUAAAAACCAGAGAACUUAAAAAACUAUAUUAAAAAUAAAUAAAAAAACUAAAAAAUACCAAAACCAUAAACGUGAA